CGCGCUUCCAACAAAUUUAACAUUGUCAAGGUCAUCCCUCAGCUGGAAUGAUUAUAUGAGGAGAGACUCCAGGAAAUUUCAAAAACUGAGAUCAAAUAUCUACGCCUGGAACUCCGUUUCUCGCGUCGAGCAGUGAUUUGUUACAAUCCUCUCACAGGACACGUAAUACCAACACCAUUUGAUUCAUUCAAAGCACGACCGGAUCUCCACAGCACUACAAGCUACAAGAAUUAAUAUAGGUCGGCUGACCUAUUCUUACUACUGAAGACUAGUUAUCACGUAAACCACUUCCAAAAGACUCAGACUGCUAGUCCUUGCUAAACAUCACCUCAAAAUAACGUACUUUAAAGAAUGCCAGGCGGUUAUAUUCCCGGUCUUCCACCUAUCUACCCUAAUAGUUGGAUCUCUUCAGGAAUAUCUAACAUGUCUCGCCUAGAACCUGCUGACUCAAAUUGCACCUAUGGAAUUCACUGGAUAUGGGUUUCAAUGGGACUGUGUGUUAUGGAUAUUCAAGGUGGCAUAGCCUUAUUUUGUGGAGUUCUAUGUUUAUUUCUUUGGAUUGCAGUAGGUAUACCUCAAAUUGUUGAGAAUUUUCGAACAGGAAUUGCAGACAAAGCUCUUUCUCCUAGUUUUCUUUGCUUUUGGACUUUCGGUGAUGUCUGUAACCUGAUAGGUUGUUUUUUAACACAUCAACUGAUUAUGCAGGUCCGUUCAGCUAGUUUUACGAUAUUUAAAAUCCAAUGUAGUCUACGUAUACUAUGCAAAUGUAAACUGUAUAAAUCUUUUUUUCAUAAAUGUACUAUUUGGUCUAGAAUCUACUGAUUUUAUAAAUUUAAGUACUGGUUUACAGUUUGUUAAAUAUUCUGAUUCUUAACGACUACUUUUGUUACAUGCAUACGAGGGUUUUCAUUUUGUUAAUAAAUAGUAGAUCGAUGUUCAGUGAACCUUGCUUCAUAUCCCAGAAUCAUACUCCUAAACUCUUCUCUGCCUUGUACAUGAACUUUCAUGUGUUUACAGUAUUGCUUCAAUAUUUACCACAACCUGAUGGCUGAUAAGUUUAUAUAUUCAUUGAACAGUCUGCGUAAUAUUGAUAAGUUUAAGCACAAAAUAAAGCAAUUAACUAGUGCUACCUAGUUUUUAGAACUUUGAUGUUUAAUCGCUUAUCCUCUAUCUUUUGAAUUACUGUUGUACCUUCAGUCAGUCAGUCAGUAACAACGUAGAACUUCGUACGUACGUACACCAGUUCGAGUUGCCACACCAUAUUAGCACAGAGAUGCAGUGGUUGAUUCAAAUCCCGUAGUGCUAGAUGUGGUAAAAUUAUAAGCUGUAAUCAGAAAAAUUAGGGUUUGAAGAUGUUAUUCAAGGAGUAUAAUCCAGUGAAAUAAAUUUGAAAAUAAUACCAUUGAGGAAGUCUGGUAGUAUCGUUGGCCCUCGGGUUACAAUGUAGCUUACACGUCAGUUUAUGGGCCUGGGGUUCUUUUUAACCACCAAUGAUAUGUCAUAAUUAUGCGACUGUAAACCUAAAGAAAGGUAAUCACCAAUUUUAUACUAAAUAUCAUGGCAAAAAGUUGUUAUUUCACUGUUCACUUGAUUUCCGCAUUAGUUUUAGCUUUGUCUUAUGGUAGGAAUUCCGUUACCUUUGGCCAUUUUGCUUAGAAUUCAGUGUAAAAGGUAUCUGAAUGGUUAUUGAGUAGAAGUAUCCAUCCCAGGAGUAAACCGGAUUGUUUUGAGUAGCUUAAUAAAUGAGAUUUUAUGAAUCUCUUUCUAGUGUGGUUCUGGUGUAUUUCACUAAUGAAAUAAGUAUUUUGCAUCACUUUUUGGUGUUUUUGUCCUGUUCUAGAGAUUUCGAUGAGUAGAGUAUAUCCGAUAUCAAUCUUUUGAACUAAAGCAUUCAAGCUAUGGAGAAAAAUAAUUCGUCAAUGUCACAUCUUAAACUCUACAGAUUUCUUAGUUCUUACGCGAAAAAAAACAGUGUUUUAUCGUCUAAGAAAUUGCGAUUGUGUUUUUAAUAUUGUUUUAAAAUUGUGCGAAAUGUAUCAGUAGGUAGUUGUGUAACUGUUUAUAGGGUGAUAUUUAGUCCCGCUGUAUCUGACUUGAACUUCAUUAACUAAUAAAAGAUAUUAGUGCUUAAUGAAUGACCAACAUACCGUUCUCCUAUCAGGCUCUGAAAAGUUUGUUCUAUUUUCUACUUAUAUUCCUUUUUGCUUUAAUUUUAAUGUACAAUUUAAGGAUUGCAAAUUGCUUACACUUUACAGAUUGUUGUGACAGGGUACUGUAUUGUUAGUGACUUCGUCCUUGUGUUCCAGUUCAUCUAUUACAAACAUCGUCAUAAGGCUAUCUUACGUCCAAUGGCUACAGCUUUAAAAGAUGGUGAAGUAUCUUCGAACUCAAGCUCUUCUUCUCCCAUUAUUUGUGACGAAUCGGAACAACAUAAUUCACAUCAAGGAUAUCAAAGACUUUCAGUUGGUUUAGUUGGUGCAGGAUGUUUAACUUUGAUGGGCAUUUCUUUAACUUCUAUCGAGAAUCCGUUUAAUACUUAUGUUAUUAAACAAUCAGUAUCCAGUGGUUUACACUACCAAUCAAGACAGUUAUUGGAGUGGAAACAAUAUGAAUCAACAGAUCAUCCAUUCAUAAAUUCAGAUCCUUUAAAUGGUGGUACAAUUAUAUUGGGAUAUAUUCUUGGGUGGAUUUCCACAUCCAUGUACCUGUUCUCUCGAUUGCCACAAUUAUUUCGCAAUUGGAAACGUAAAUCAACUGAAGGACUGUCUAUAUUCAUGUUUUCUAUGGCUGUUACUGGGAAUAUUUCAUAUGGUAUUCAAAUUUUACUUACAUCUACUGAAAAAAACUACUUAAUCCGAGCUACACCGUGGCUUGUUGGAAGUUUCGGUGUAGUUUUGCUAGAUAUUUUUGUAAGUUCAUAUGUUUUAAUUAUUAACUAUUAUGCUUAAUUCUUUAAUACUUCAUAACUAUAUUCUACGGCUUCAGACUUGAUUGUGUUUGUUUUUAUCGCGUGAAAUUAAACUCCGAAAAUUCUCUCAAUUCUAGUAAGAAACCAUGACCUGUAGAGCUCGACCAUGUUAGAAGUGACGCAGUUACCAAAAUUGAUACUGGAUGAUUGUUUACAUUAGCAAAAUAAUGUCUACUUUAAAUGAUUCUACUUGAUUUAUCAUCGAUAAUACUCAGAAAGAUUUAACAGAGACGACUGAGAAGCGUCUUUUAAAAAAAAUUGAGAGAACUCCUGAAGAAAAAUCUAAUUGAUAAUCAUACAUACAAUCAACUCAAACCAAAAGGAUCACAAUUACCAUACUUAUACGACCUACCCAAAACUCACAAACCUGACAUCCCGAUAAGACCGUUAUUAUCCAUGACUAAUAUACCCUUCCAUAAACUCGCCCGCUGGUUGCCAAGGUGAUUAGAACAAAUCCGAAAGAAACUAGCACCCUAUAGUUUAAAAGACAGUUUUGAAUUUGCAUAAAAGCUUGACAACCUAAAUGCUUCUGAUAAAUUUAUGGUCUCAUUUGACGUCUCAUCGCUCUUCACAAACAUCCUCUUGGAAGAAACGGUAGAGAUCAUAUGUGAAUAUCCUGAACUUCUACCUCUACCGAUCCAUGAAUUUAAACAGCUCCUGUUUUCGUGUACUAAAAACAUACAAUUUCAAUUCAAUAAUGUCUUUUGCCGCCGAAUUGAUGGAGUAGCCAUGGGUAGCCCUUUAGGCCCAAUUCUGGUCGACAUAUUUAUGGGAAACCUGGAACAAAAAAAAGCUUAAGCACGCAAUCGAUAGUACUACACUCCACUGUAGAUAUAUUGAUGACACAUUUCUCGUCUGCAACAAUCACAAGCACGCCAUUAGACUACUCGAUCUGUUUAAUAAAGCUCACAAGGAUAUAGAAUUUACUAUGGAACAGGAAGUUGAAGGCGAAUCCCAUUUCCUAGAUAUUAGGAUCAGACGAACAUCUGAUGGCACAUUACAUAGACACAUUCAUCGCAAAAAUACUCGGAGUGGAGUAUAUCUCAAUUGUUAUAGUUUCUGUCCAAUGAGUUACAAAAAGGGUAUUGUACGAACCCUUUUUGACCGCGCACGUAAAAUUUGUUCAAACGAAUGCCUGGAUGACAAGAUUGCUCUCAUCACUAAUUGUCUACGUGGAAAUGCAUAUCCGGUAAAAUUCAUCUAUAAAUAUUCAAAAACCAAUCCUCGGGCAAAGUAUGAUAGAGUAGGAAAGAAAACUUGCUUCUUAUAUUUACGUUUCAAAGGAGACGAAAUUGCUGGAUUAAUUAAUCACAGAUUAAAUUCCGAGUUGAAAGUGGCCUACCCAGCAGCAAAACUGACGACAGUAUGGGAAACGAACUGCUCACUCAAACAAACUAAAAUCGACAAGUCCUCUUUUCUCAGUAGCUCCAACUGCAUUUACCAAUCCACAUAUACGUGCCAAAGCACAUACAUUCGAAGAACUGAGAGAAGAGUGCAUGUUCGCAUUUCUGAACAUGUUCCAAAGAACUUGAGGCUGCCAGGGACUAAGGCUCUCAACAGUGCAAUAGCCCGGCAUUUACUUGACACGGGGCAUACCAUCGACAUUCCGCACGCUUUUAAAAUUAUCAACAGACAAAGAAGUACAACUACUCUCCGUUUCGCUGAAACAAUCGUGAUAAAAACUCAAGCCGGAUUUAUAUAUUCAAUAAGAGACAUUAAUAAACUUAUUAUUACCCUGGUAGUCCAAUUUUUUUGUUAUUUGGGUUAUUUUAUUCAUUUAUUUAUUUUAAAAUAUUUGUUUUGUGUUAUAUUCCUCCCCCAUUACCUAAUUCUUAAACCAACCUUUCAUUCACACAUUUCCGCCAACUGAUCCUUUUAAAUUAUGUUAACUUUUCAAAUUCUAUUUAAUUAUUACGUAACCUAUCUUAUCACUGUUUUAAUUCCAUGAAUCCUUCAUUACCUCCAAAAUUAUCACACAAUUUAUGAACUCCACUCAACUAUUACACCACCCAUCCUGAAUUAUUUCCUUAUUUCCAACACCAAUUAACCUCUGACCUGUUCUUGCAUAUAUAUAUAUAUAUAUUUAUUAUUGUAAACCUUUGUCAUUCCAGUUGUUUACAUUCAUUUAUGUCAAUUGUUUCACACUAUUUCUUAUCUCAAUGUAAAAUUCUAUUAUAUAUUUGGUUGUAAGCAGCUGACGAGAAACCUCGAAAUAUUAUGAAUUCAUACUAUUCUGCAUCAAUAUUUGUUCUUGCUCUAUUUAAAAAGGAAAUUCGUUAACUCAACAUACCGAGAUACUAGAUACCGGGAUGCUUAAAUGAAAUCUCCACGGUUGCUAGAAUGUUUUCCUGUUUGACCAUCAAUGAUGAAAUGGUACGGAAUUACACUAGAAAUUACGGAAUUGAUAUAUGAUAGAUGAAGAAUUUUUAUAGCAGCUAAACUUGUAGAAAUCUUUCUCAAUUGAAUAUGGGUUGCAGAUACUGAAUACUGAAAAAUAUUUGAAAAGCACACAUAAUUACAAUUCGAUUGUAUGUUAAAGAGAGACCUGGUGCAAUACUGCGUAAUUGGUGUUGCGAAUCUCGUACUGUUACAAAAUUUACAGUAUAAAAUAAACCAAAUAAUUGGGAUGACAUGCUUUAAUUCAAUGUUAAACAUCUUUUCUUAAUAUUAUGGUGUACACUACUUAUGCGGACAGACACAAAUAAUAUAUAGCAGGAAUUGGAAGUAGAAUGCUUACCACCAAAAAAUGAAGUAAAGAGAAGGGGAAGGAAAACGAAGAGCGGUCAGAAUAACAACAGGACCGGAAGAAUGAUGAAGUAUGUAAAGGAUAACUGAAGGAUGAUAUACAUAUGAUAUAGUUGAUGUAUGAUUUUCAUGUUACAAACACAUCAAACAGUAAAUUGGUUUUCUCUAUCAUAUCUUCAUUGAUUACAAUGUCAGUUGUUUUAUUUUUAAUCCAGCGUUAUGUUUGCUCAACAUACUAUUCUUUUGUACUAAUUCCUUGUGAUAUUUGUUCAAUAUGACAUUCAUAGUUUGUAUUAUUUCAGUGUGAUAUUUGCUUAUUAUAUUAAUGAUCAUUUGUGUAAUUCCAAUGUAAAAUCCGUUUGUAUUACCAUUAUUUCAACUAUAUAUGGUAUCCGUUGACUAAUCAUUGAAUGCGAGUAAAAUUCGUACAUAAAUGAAUGUAUUUGGUUUAAUAAGUUGUCGUCAUGUUUUGGGAGGUGAAUAAGACCUGUAUCUGCUAUUAGUUUUAUCUUCUUCUUUGCUUUCACAAAUUUCAAUUCUUUCUGUUUCAAUUCUAUCAUGUACAUUUACAACCUUGAUUAAGUUCAUGUUAUCUCAUAGAUUUUAUGCAUUCAAAAUACUAAUGAAUUUGUAUAUGCGUAUAUUGAUUCAGUUUUUCUUAAUCAAACAAAUUAGUGAUUAUAUAAGAAUUUUACUUAUUUAUUUCAGAUGUUAUGUCAAUUCUUCUUUUAUCAAUUACAUCAACACGGAAAUAAUAAUGACAGUAAUAAUCAGGAUCAAAGAAAUUUAUUAGAUACAAACCCCAAUCAAACUGAAACAGUUUAAGAUUAUUCUUUUUCACCAUAUAAUUGUAAAAUGUUAUUUUCAAUGUUUGUUCAUUUUUGCUACAGUUUCAAGUAUUUUAAUCCAUAGUUUCGCAUUCUUCCUGUAACUUGUUAAAUAUAUAUAUAUUGAGAUCAUCAAUCUCCACAACCCUAUACACUGAUAAAUACAUAUUUACUAAAUAAGAGAAAUUUAGCCACUUUGUUUGUUUGUUCGUCUGUUAUUUCCUUAUAUUCACUUUUAUUUGUUUGUACAGAAUAGUUUGUAUUUGAUUAUCCUACUGGUUUCGUUUUAUUUGUUCUUCUCUUUACAUUUGAUUCCAACUUCGUAUUAUUUCGAUAAAUAACUUUGUUACUAUUUUUUAUUAUCAUGAUUUUAAUAAUUUUAAAAUGUUGACUUAUCCAUAUAUGUAUUGAAUAUAAGAUACGUGUAAUUACUUUUCUUUCUGUUUAUAUAUGUGUGCAAGCGCUUGGUGAUGUUACUGAUGAAUAUUUGUUAUUUAAUUAUCAUUUAAC